AUGGCGAACCUCCAAUCGUGGAGUUCACAAUGGCUGAUAGUACUGGCUCUGACUACUGCCGUGCUUGCAUUUUAUUCAUUUGAUAAACUAAAGAAAGAGGGUAUAUUAGGUCGAGCCCGUAGAGCGUCCACGGCCAAGACACCACCGCGCUCGGUAUCACCCGAGAAAUUAGCUUUAGGAGGACUGUUGCCCACAAGCUACAGCGAUGUAUUACCGCCUUCGCGAAGAGAGGCGAUGAGAAGCCUGGCGAGCAAGAAGCCAGCAACAUCAUCAAAGGAGGUCAGCGAGAAAGACAUCCUCCGAAAUAUUCUCCCGAUGACAGAGAACUAUGAGACGGCAAAGGGAAGCCUAUACACUUCAAUGGGAUUUUCUAUGGACGAAAUCAAAGAAAUGGGAGAUUUCCCAGACUUUGCCACUCUCAGCGGAGUACCAUUACCAAAUGCUCAUGGCGACAAUUUUGAUAUUGACAAGGCUCUUCCCCGUCCGUACCGGCCAUUCCGAUGGGCUUAUCAUCAGACCAUGUCAUUGAAAAAGCUCGAAACGGACUGGUGGAUUGAAUUGGAAAACAAAUACAAGAAAAGGAUAGCCCAGCGCAAAGAUUUGUACGCAAAGCACGGAAAGGAAGUGCUUGACUGGCUACCAGGAUCCGAAAUCGCUUGCAAGGAACUGAUGGAAAUGGUUAUACAAUAUAUCUGCGCUCGUUACCCUCGGCUUUUCUCCUUGAAGGACGAUCGUAUUUUGGUAAAUGGGAUACUUGGGACAGAGCAGGACAUCCGCGCCAAGCACCCCUUGGAAGUUCUCAUGGACAAUGUUCCUGAGGACUUUGCCAUCACUAUGCGAGACGAUAAGACCGGAUACUAUUCUUUCCGUGCAGGAGUCAUUUGCUCGUCGCUCGGAUGGAACGUCAGUACAAAGAUUGGCCUUCAGCUGCACGAGGUCCAUGCCCCUAUUCCAGAUUACAAAGAAAAGAUGAAAUUUUCAAUGGACCGCUUCUUCUCAAAAAUGCCGGCGGACAAGCCAAUUCAGCGUGGCUCGUGGGGGCUGGAAGUAGAUUGUCCGCUAUAUAUGCCGCCAGGUGACCCGCACGAGUUGCAUAGGUUGUCUCAAAGCCCCGAUUUAUCCAUUGAUGAUUGCUACCUUCGAGUUGAUUGGCAGACACUGCGCCGUCUUCCGAUUUCCGGGAGUAUAGUAUUCAACUUCAAAGCUGUAUUCACGCCAGUUACAGAGUUCCGAGACGAGCCAAAGGUCCCCGCGUUGGUGGCCAAGGUUCUUCGAGAAGGAAAGAAAAAUCUGAUGGAGUAUAAAAGCACCUGGCACGUAGAGCAUGUUGUGCUUCCCGCCCUGGACAAAUGGAAUAAAGAACAGGAGGAUAGCGGGAUGAUUGAAAAGAACUGGGAGGUGUCCACAUUGGAUGAGGAUCCAUUGUUCAAAGGAUGGGAGGACAAGUGGCAUCGCCAACAAGGCUUCUAA